AUUCUUAUUGUUUAGUCAGCUGUAAAGCAACAACAAAAAUUUGUUUACAUCUUUUUUCAUGUAAAAAUUCAGUUUAUUAUAACUUAAAACACUUAAAAAGCACAAAAUGGACUGGUUCACUAAUUUACGUAUGUGGGAAAUUGAUUUGAUCAUCAGCGUUCAAAAUAAAUUUUCAAAGUUCGAAGAAGUUUUGGAAGGUUUUUCACAUUUCUUAGGCCCUACUUAUAUUUAUUUAUUCCUUUUGCCAUGUAUGGCAGCGAUAAAUACACGAUUGUAUCACAAAGCAUUGAUUUCUUGUAUUAUUAGUGAUUUCAUGAACAUGAUGCUAAAAUGGAUUAUCAACGAAGCUCGACCUUUUUGGUGGGUUCACGAAACAGAAGUUUACACUUCGUUAACCCGACCAACUCUUUAUCAAACCGAAGCAACUUGUGAGACUUCUCCAGGCAGUCCAAGUGGCCACAUGAUGAUGAUAUCAAGUUAUUUAUUCAUCUCUUUAAUUGCUAUUGAAAAAUAUAUUGUUCAUAAUUACUUGAAGUUGCGUAGACCUUUGAGAUAUUUGGCACGACUCGUCUUUGCUUUGAUUUUAGUCAUCAUGGGAAUAUCAAGAAUGUACAUUGCAGCACAUUUCUUUCAUCAAUGUUUGUUUGGAGCAUUACUUGGGAUGUGCGUGUCAGAGGCAGUCAGUUUUACUAGAUUCGUUGAUAACAUUGAAACAUAUGGAAAAAUUCAAUGGCUUAAAGUUGGUUGCUUUCUGACUCUUACUGUAACUUCAAUCUUCUGGCUUAUCAAGUAUUUUUCUGGGAAUCCAAUGGAAUCAGUUCAUAUGGCAUUUAAAUAUUGUGGUAGUCCAUUAUAUCCUAAACCAGAAACAACUGUAAUGUUCUCAACUAUGAGAAACAUUGCUCAGAUCAUUGGCUUUAUGUUUGCUUCUCCAAUGGGUGACUCAAAUAGAAAACUGAAUCGGCCACAAAGCUUUUUGUUUUGCGCAGUUUUAAUUUUUCUUCAUGUUCAUCUCAUCGAUUAUACUCCUAAAAACUACAAAUUAUAUGUUUUCUACACUUAUUCUUUUUUUGUGUAUGCAGUAUUCCAGUAUAUUUAUUUAAUUUAUAUUCCUAAAUGGAGUAGCAAAGAUGAAAAUAAUCAGGAUAAAAAUUUUGCACAAAAUCCAGUGCAAAAUACUGCUGAAGAAUCUUCUACGUCCUCUUCCUCAGAAGAAGAUGAAUCGGAACAGGAUAACGAGGAAGCUUUAUUAGUUAAUAUAAAACAAAUCACUCGUACAAUGUUAGUAAACAAAAUCCACAAGCCAUACUUAUGUAAAAUUUGCGGGAACGCCACAGGGAUCAAAGUCUGUAAAUGUCAAAAAGCGUAUUAUUGUUCUCGGAACUGCCAGAAGAUUGAUUGGAAGAAUCACAAAUCUGACUGCUACAAUGUUGUUGAACAUCCGAGCUCAACCAAAUUCAACAAUAGUCUAAGUAACGUGAAAAGUUUAAUGCAAAAACAAGAAAUUAUGGAAUCAGAUGUACAUCCUAAUACAUAUGUAAGAGAGGGACGACAAUAUGACCCAACUUUACUCCAAUAUCAACAACCGAAACCUAUUUCUACCAACACUAAUGCGACAACGUCGUCGACAAGUCAAGAUUUCGAUGAAAAUGUAUUCAAUUCAUUUGAGAUCGUCUUAGACGAAAGUACUGAAAAAGAGAUUUUAAAAAAUUUGACGCUACGUGCAGAUGAGCUGCUAACCAAUUUCACGUUAGACAACGAAGGUACAUCACUAGAUGAGCAAACAUUAAGGGAAUACGAGUCUUUUAAUGAAACUGAUGAGAAAAUAUUUGACGAGAAAAUCAUAGACAAAAUUCAGAGGCAAGAAAGUUGUGAGUAUUCACCAGAAGAACGUCAAUUGUUGAAAGAAACAAGAGAAAAUUUAGAGAAAGAACUUUCUCUGUUCCGCGAAAUUAAUUUACACGAACCACAGCAACAGUUGAGUGAAGAAGAAGUUAACAAUCAAAGUGACAUCAUGCUGAAAACCAGCAACAAUCCGAAAUAUAUCAAUCAUGCGCAACUCGACGAUCAUAUGCUUUACAAAACCAUCGAUGAAGAAUAUGGUCUUGAAGAGAUGUGCAACAAUCUUGUAAAAGAUAUGAAUGAAUACGGCGUUUGUGUAUUGGAUAAUUUUCUUGGACGACAAAAAGGAAUUGAAGUGCUUGAUGAAGUGAAAAAUAUGUACUCAGCUGGAUAUUUCAAAGAUGGUCAAUUAGUUGCAAGUAAAGAUAAAACAAACAAUAGAAAUAUUCGCGGUGAUAAAAUUGCGUGGGUUGAUGGAAAAGAAAAAGGAGUUUCGAAUAUCAGAUUUCUAAUGAAUCAAGUCGAUGCUGUGAUAACAUUAGCCAAUCGAAUGGUGAACAACGGAAAACUGGGACAUUAUAAAAUACGUGAGAGAACGAAGGCGAUGGUUGCUUGUUAUGAAGGUAAAGGUUCACAUUAUGUUAAGCACGUUGAUAAUCCGAAUAGAGACGGCCGAUGUAUAACAUGCAUUUAUUAUUUGAACGUUGAUUGGGAUGUGAGUGAAAGUGGUGGCCUAUUAAGAAUAUUUCCUGAUGGAUGGUCAGACCGUGUUGCAGAUAUUGAACCAAUUUUUGAUAGAAUCACAUUUUUUUGGUCCGAUCGAAGAAAUCCACAUGAAGUGCAACCUGCACAUCGGACACGCUACGCAAUUACGCUUUGGUACUUUGAUGCAAAUGAACGUGAAUUAGCUGUACGGAGAUAUCAAAGAGAUUGUGAAAGCUUAAGGAAGGCUGCUUAAACAUUAAUUAAGUGCUUUUCUUCUAUCUGCACUUUGAACAAUAAAUGGAGAAAAAUGUUUUCUUACUACGCUUCCGUAAAAAUUUGCUAUCUACAGAUAUGAACUCCUUAAUCUCAUUAACGUUAGAAAGACUAAAAUAAUUACUAUUUUCUAAAAGAUUCAAUUGAUUCUGAACAUUAUUUUUAUACUAAAAUAAGAAAGAUUGUAAGCUAGAUAAAUUAAUAAUUAAAGUAAAGAAUUUUUGCAACGUCAA